AUGAUUACUUCAGCUCUCCCGUUCGGAAAACUUCCAAGCACGCCAUACCCCGCCUUUGGCAACAUGGCAAUAACGGGGAUGUUUCUCCACACCGUCUCCUCCGCCACCCACGUCCACCUCAUCGACUUCGGAGAACUCCUCCCCUUCCACCUGCCCACCAUCAUGGAACUUUUAGCUGCCCGCCCGGGCGGCCCGCCGCACCUCCGCGUCACGGGGUUGGACACGACGACUUUCGUCUGCCCGGGGCGGAAGGAUUUUAAGAGCCUGCGGGCGGUAGCGGAGGUGGGGAGGAGGCUGAGGGGGAUGGCCAUGCGGCUGGGAGUGCCUUUCGAGUUUGAGUACGUGGAUAUUGACGAGAAUCAGCUGCACCUUCUGUACCAGGUGAGUUUAAGCAUCCCUCGUAUGCCAAGUACCAUAUGUACGAAGGGGAAUGGGCCAAUGGCGAUCCGGCUAGGCGUGCCGUUCGAGUUUGAGUAUGUGGAUAUAGACGAGAGUCAGCUGCACCUUCUGUACCAGGUGAGUGUGUCUGUUCACUAUUCGAGUGGUGGCGGAGGUGGGAACGAGGCUGAGGGGGAUGGCGAUGCGGCUGGGAUGAUACGAUGUGAAUAUCUCUCCCCUCUCUAUCUCUCCCCUCUCUAUCUCUCCCCUCUCUAUCUCUUCCUCUCUCUCUAUCUCUCCCCUCUCUAUCUCUCCCCUCUCUAUCUCUUCCCUCUCUAUCUCUCCCCUCUCUAUCUCUCCCCUCUCUAUCUCUUCCCUCUCUAUCUCUCCCCUCUCUAUCUCUCCCUUACUCUCCCCAUUCCUCUGCAGGUCAAGAGGAGGUGGAGUGAAACACUGGUGGUGUGCGCACAUCUCGAGCUCAUGAACUUCCCAGAUGAUUCUGUUAUGGACCGAGGGCCCAGAGACUGCAUUCUCAGGUGGAUCCACGACUUAAAGCCCGCGCUCUUCACCUUUGUCGAGAUGGAUCUUGACUCCAACGCCCGCCCGUUCCUCUCCCGAUUCCAACACGCCCUCGACUACCACCUCUCCGUUUUCUCCUCCCACGACGCUCUAAUUGGCGCGGCCGACAAGCGCCUACUUUCCAUUUUCGAGGAGCUUUAUUUUGGCCGGGCGAUCGUGAAUAUUGUGUCCUGUGAAGGGGUGGAGCGGUUGCAUCGGCCCGAGACUCUGGACCAAUGGCGGGGGAGGAUGCUCAGGCUCGGGUUUGCGCCGAAGCAGAUCCCCGGAGCUGUUACCGAGGCUAUGCAUAGUAUGCUGAAAAGGUUUCCUCUUGGGUUUGGGUUAUUGCUAGAGGAUGGGGCUAUCAGGCUAGCUUGGAGAGGAACUACAGCUGUUCUUGCCCUUGGCUGGCUGGAGGAAGCGGCGCGGGAGCGGAAAGAGCGGCUGCGAGCGUUAAGGGAGGCGGCGUCGAUCGUCACAACUGACGGCGAGAAGACGGCUAGCCUGCUAGCAGACGGCGACGAUGGAAAGGAGAACGAGCCUGCAGCGGAGGUUCGGUUCCGGAGCUACUUGCCUCGGGACGACCAGCUGAUGGAGAGGAAGCUUCCUCCAGCGCAGCUCCCCAAGUUCCAGGAACCUACCGCCGCUCAGCCGCUAUUCCUAGACCCGAAUGAGGACCCAGUGACAGCCAUCGCUCCUCGCAAGCCCAACUGGGACUUACGGCGGGACGUGGCAAAGCGACUAGCCAAGCUGGAGAGACAGACGCAACGAGCAAUGAUUGAACUCAUGAGGGAAGAAGAGGAGAGGCGGCAGCAGCAAGAGUCGGGCAUAGAAGGGUCUUGA